AUGGGCUGGGUUUUCAACGCCCCUGGUGACACGUCGACAUGGGGUCCUCAAAUUGUUGCCAUUGCCACGACAUUCACGGGCUUCUCCCUCAUCAUUGUUUGCAUGCGAAUAUAUGUCAGGGCGCACUUGAUACACGCUAUGGGGCUAGACGACUGGGCUAUAAUCUUUGGCUGGUUCGGAAUCUGUGGCUACUCGAUAUGCACAAUUAUCCAAACGAGAUGGGGACUCGGAGUCAAUCAUAUCGAUGAUAUGCCUAUCCAGGACAUGAAGACUUUUUUAUUAAUAGAAUACAUCGGCUCACCACUUUACGUCUGUUGCCUCUUUGGCUUCAAAUUCAGCCUCUUGCUGUCCUACCUACGAUUUAUACCCCGUGGAGUGUGGAGAUUCGCCACCAUCGGGAUGGCCAUUGCUGUCACUUUGGCGCAUAUAGCAUUCCUGUGUUGCUUUCUCUUCGGAUGUAGUCCUAUUGCCAAAUUUUGGGAUGCCAACAUCACCUGGGGCCAUUGUCUUGGCCUCCCCUUCUACACUGGCUUCUCUGCCCUGACGAUUACUUUCGACUUCCUCAUCAUGCUGCUACCAUUUCCUACGCUCCUCCGAACCAAAAUCCGAACCCGCAAGAAGGUCGUCCUCUGCUGUCUCUUCACCCUUGGCGUGUUCAUUUCCGCCGUGCAGAUCGUCCGGUUCAGCUACCUCAGCCAGCUCGUUAACCUCCUCGACUCGGCCAACCCCAUCGUCUGGUCCAUCGUCGAGAGUAACCUGGGCAUCGUCACGGCGAGCAUCCCCACGCUGGCGCCGCUGGUUCGGUACUUUUCAGAGAAGUCCCGAGUCGGUAUUCAUGACGACGAUAGUACUGAGCGCAUCUAUGACCCAUCGCAGGGUGGCAUCAUGAAGCGGACAGAUGUGCUUGUGAGCUCAUCGCAGGGGCGGACAAGCGAGCAGAGCGUGCCAAUGGAUGAGAAUACGCUGUGA